GUCGCAAGUAUCACUCAGAAAGGACUGCCACUGAGCAUAAAGCUGAAGCAGAUUCAGUGCACAUUAGUCUCCGCCUCUUCUUCCACACAGCAUGGCGUUCGUUAUUGAUGUCCCUUCACAACCUGUCUACAUUGAACAAGCUCCACCUCCACCUGCCAUCAUUGAACAAGCUCCGCCUCCACCUGCCAUCAUUGAACAAGCUCCGCCUCCACCUGUCAUCAUUGAACAAGCUCCACCUAAACCUGUUUACAUUGAACAAGCUCCACCUCCACCUGUCUACAUUGAACAAGCUCCACCUCCACCUGUCAUCAUUGAACAAGCUCCACCUCCACCUGUCUACAUUGAACAAGCUCCGCCUCCUGUAGUCUACCAGGCUGAAUCUCAACCUGUCAUCAUUGAACAAGCUCCACCUCCACCUGUCUACAUUGAAGAAGCUCCACCUCCACCUGUCAUCAUUGAACAAGCUCCGCCUCCUGUAGUCUACCAGGCUGAACCUCCACCUGCCAUCAUUGAACAAGCUCCGCCUCCUGUAGUCUACCAGGCUGAACCUCAACCUGUCUUCAUUGAACAAGCUCCGCCUCCUGUAGUCUACCAGGCUGAACCUCAACCUGUCUUCAUGGAACAAGCUCCGCCUCCUGUAGUCUACCAGGCUGAACCUCAACCUGUCAUCAUCGAACAAGCUCCGCCUCCUGUAGUCUACCAGGCUGAACCUCAACCUGUCAUCAUCGAACAAGCUCCGCCUCCUGUAGUCUACCAGGCUGAACCUCAACCUGUCAUCAUCGAACAAGCUCCGCCUCCUGUAGUCUACCAGGCUGAACCUCAACCUGUCAUCAUCGAACAAGCUCCGCCUCCUGUAGUCUACCAGGCUGAACCUCAACCUGUCAUCAUCGAACAAGCUCCGCCUCCUGCAGUCUACCAGGCUGCACCUCCACCUAUCAUCAUCGAACAAGCUCCGCCUCCUGUAGUUGUCCAGGCUCCUAUGGUUAUUACUUCUCCUAUGAGAUCUACUCCCACACAAACGAGGUGUAGUUUAUGCCAGCAGCAGGUUGUUACAAUGACCGAACCCAUCAAUGGACUCCUCACCUGGAUCAUUUUUGCGGUACUCCUUGUCUUUUGCAUCUGGCCCUUCUGCUUGAUUCCUUUUUGCAUGUCGUCCUGCAGGGACAUCAAACACACCUGCCCCAGCUGCAACAACGUCAUCUACGUCUACAAACGGAUGUGAGAUGUUUCACAAAGUAAAACCUGGAGAACAUCAUUAAUCCAAUUAAAGGCUGUUAUUUAAAAAUAAUAAUUAAAAAAUGGAAUCCGUUUAGGGGGACACAGUGGCUUAGUGGUUAGCACGUUCGCCUCACACCUCCAGGGUUGGAGGUUUGA